AUGGGUGUCCCUCAGGGCUCGAUUCUCGGCCCAUUCCUAUAUCUAGUGUAUAUUAAUAACUUACCUUCUCUUGUAGAGGAUAAUCAUGAUAUAGUUUUAUUUGGUGAUGAUACUUCCUUGAUUUUCAAACUAAAACGUCAAUCAUUUAAAUGUGACGAGGUGAAUAAUGCUAUAUCAAAAUUAGUGCAUUGGUUUAACGUUAAUAAUCUACAUUUAAACGAAAAUAAAACUAAAUGUAUUAAAUUUACAACAACGAAUGUUAAAAAAUCUGAGUACCAAUGUGUUAAUGUAAAUGGGGAAGUACUGAGCCCUGUUAAAUCCACUGUUUUUCUUGGCAUCACUCUCGACGCAAAGCUACAGUGGGGCCCCCAUAUAUCCAAACUAGCAAGCAGACUAAGUUCUGCAGCCUAUGCUGUAAAAAAGAUUAGAGGUCUCAUUAGUGUCGAGACAGCUAGAUAA